AUGCUGACGCUGCGAGCAGCCGUGCCGGUGCUGCGCCGCGCACAGCGGUGCGUGCGUGCGGGCGUCAUCACCACGGCGGCCGCCUGCGUGGAAUCAUCGAGAACAGCCAAGCUGGACAGCAGACGCAGCCAUUCAUCGAGCUCGACAACAGCCUCAUCGGUCAGCCCGGAAGAGGUGGCCCACUUCAACGGCCUCGCUGCGGCCUGGUGGGACCCACACGGCUCCUCUCGGCUGCUGCACCAGAUGAAUCCGCUGCGGCACGACUUCAUCCGGCACUGCCUCGGACAGGAAGAGCCGCUGCCGGGUCGCAUUCUCGACGUCGGCUGCGGUGGCGGCAUCUUUGCCGAGAGCGCCGCACGGCUGACGUCGACGACAGCCGUCACGGCCAUCGACCCCUCGGCCGAGGUACUGGCCGUGGCCCGGACCCAUGCCAGACGCGAUCCCGUCCUGCAGCACAAACUGCACUAUGUGCAGGCUUCGAUCGAGAACAUGACUGCGGGAAGCCACGGCUCUCCAGAUGCUGCCUCUCCCUCAUCGGCAUCUCUGUCCUCUACCACCGGCCCCUUCGACAUGGUCACUACCUUUGAGGUCGUCGAACACGUCGCCACAGAUCCAGGCGCCUUUCUGGCUCAGUGUGGCCGGCUCUUGCGGCCUGGUGGCUGGCUCAUUGGCAGCACAAUGGCCCGCACCUGGAUCAGCUGGCUGACAACCAUCGUCGCCGCCGAGGACGUCUUGGGCAUCGUCCCCCACGGCACUCACGAUUGGGCAAAGUACGUCAACCCAGACGAGCUUGCUGCCCAUUUUGCUCCCGGUACAGGGGCUGCCUGCUCCCAGGGCACCACCUGGGAGACCCUCACGUUCCAGGGUGUUGCCUAUAUUCCCGGCCUGGGCUGGCAGGUGGUCCCUGGCAGCGAGGAGCUUGGAAACUACUUCUUUGGCAUCCGGAAGGGCCGGAGCGAGUCGACUAGCACUUAA